CGCAUGUACGGCUCACAGGAGAGGCUGCGGCUGAUGACGGAGCCCAGCUCGGUACGCGUCGACGCGACCUACCGCGGCCCGCGUCCUCCACUUCCCCAUGGCCCAGGCCGACCUCAACUGCCUCAUCGAAGGCUUCAAGAACAAGAAGCUACUGCACGUGCACUACGUGUUCAGUCUACUGCACGAGGCCAUCCGCGUGCUGCGGACGCUACCCUCGCUUAAUCGGGCGUCAACGGAUGUGUCGCGCCAGAUCACCGUCUGCGGCGACCUGCACGGCAAGCUGGACGACUUGCUGGUCAUCUUCCACAAGAACGGCAUUCCAUCGAGCGACAACCCGUACGUGUUCAACGGCGACUUCGUGGACCGGGGUAAGAAGUCGGUGGAGGUGUUGCUGAUCCUGCUGGCCUGCGUGGUCGUCAACCCGCACGAAGUCUACCUUAACAGGGGCAACCACGAGGACCCGCUGAUGAACCUCCGAUAUGGGUUCACCAGAGAAGUAAUUUCGAAGUAUAAGGGUCACUCGUCUGCACUGCUGGCGCUCCUCGAGGAGGUGUUCUCCUGGCUGCCGGUGGGCACCAUCAUCGACCGGCGCGUGCUCGUGGUGCACGGCGGCGUGUCGUUCGACACAGACCUGCACGGCCUGGAGGCCAUCGACCGACAUCAGAACGGCAUUCCAUCGAGCGACAACCCGUACGUGUUCAACGGCGACUUCGUGGACCGGGGUAAGAAGUCGGUGGAGGUGUUGCUGAUCCUGCUGGCCUGCGUGGUCGUCAACCCGCACGAAGUCUACCUUAACAGGGGCAACCACGAGGACCCGCUGAUGAACCUCCGAUAUGGGUUCACCAGAGAAGUAAUUUCGAAGUAUAAGGGUCACUCGUCUGCACUGCUGGCGCUCCUCGAGGAGGUGUUCUCCUGGCUGCCGGUGGGCACCAUCAUCGACCGGCGCGUGCUCGUGGUGCACGGCGGCGUGUCGUUCGACACAGACCUGCACGGUCUGGAGGCCAUCGACCGACACCAGUACUCCUCUGUGCUGAGAAUGCCGGAGCGGCUUCACGACAACACCAGCUCCACGGACCACAUGCGCCACAGAAUCGGCUGGAAGCAGGUGCUGGACGUGCUCUGGAGCGACCCGCAGAGCACGCCGGGUUGCGAGCCGAACGUGUUCCGCGGCGGAGGCUGCUACUUCGGCCCCGACGUCACGCACAAGCUGCUGCGCAUCAACGACCUCGACCUGCUGAUCCGGUCGCACGAGUGCAAGGCGGAGGGAUACGAGUACACGCACGACGACAAGUGCCUGACCAUCUUCUCAGCGUCCAACUACUACGGCCCCGGCUCCAACCGCGGCGCCUACGUGGUGCUGCAAGGAGCCGAGCUGCGGCCGCACUUCGUCCAGUUCAACGCCCAGACCAAGGCCAAGUACAUCCCGAUGAGGCAGCGGGUCGGCGCUCUAGAGGCCUCCGCCCUCAACGAGCUUCGGAAGAAGAUCCUCGCCUCCAAGGCGGCCCUAAUGGAUGAGUUCAGCAGACGCGACCCAGCCGAAACAGGUUUGAUAGCUGUCCACGAGUGGGUGGCGGUCAUGGAGGACCACUGCAGCCCCGGCAUCCCCUGGCGCGUGCUGCGAGAGAAAAUCGUGCCUCUGGACUCGCGUUCCUCGAAGAUAGUCUACGCCGACACGUUCGUGGGCUCUGUUUCUCCUACGAAAAGCGAGGACAGCCCCAGCGUGGUGGAGUCCCUGUACAGAAACCGAGAGCGGCUGGAGACUAUAUUCCGGAUUCUCGACAAAGACCACUCUGGGUUCCUGUCUCUGGACGAGUUCGCCGACGCUUGCUCGCUGCUCCAGAACUACCUGCACCAGCCGAUCCCCUACGACGAGAUGGUCAACAUGGCCAAGAGCAUGGACAUCAACAAAGACGGCUUCAUCGACUUCAACGAGUUUCUGGAGACGUUCCGCCUAGUGAACGUGGACGGCGGCGGAGCGGGCGGCGAGCCGCGGUGACCCAAGCAGGCCUGGUGACCCCGCCCGCUCGGCACGCUCGGCCUGACCCGCAGCUCGUCGG